UAAGUUCAAGAAUUUUGUAAAAAAAAAAAAAAAAAAAAAAAUCAUAACGCAAACCAUGAAUCCGUACGCCUUCGAAUUCGAUCCUACUCUGUUCGAUUACGCAAAUUUCUCCAAUCCUAUCAUCAAUUUCAACCGCAGAUCGUUGUCAUCAACAGUAUACGACGAUUAUGAGUACGGAAGCGAUUAUGUUGAAGCCUCGGCAGUCAGUCGUCGCAAGAGCCCGCCAAAGCACCGCCACGAUGGUACGUCGCCGCUGCCACUGGGAAUGGACUGGAGCCCUCCUCCGCCUAAAUCGGAAGGACGGAAAUCUGUUUGGCCAUGUGAUCCUCAUACAGGAUGGAGUUAUUGUGCCACAAUUCCUUCAUGGCUUCUCCUUCGGAAACCAAGGGAUUCAGAUCCUGUGGUGUUUUACAGAGUUGAAGUUGGUAUACAAUCACCUGAAGGCAUCACUACAACCAGAGAGAUAUUACGAAGAUUUAGUGAUUUCUUGACAUUACUUUCUGACGUUAAAGAGGCAUUUCCUGGGAAAACUCUUCCUCCAGCUCCUCCAAGGAGGAUGUUGAGAAUGAAAAGCAGGACAAUGUUGGAAGAGAGAAGGUCUUCAUUGGAGGAAUGGAUGCAAAAACUGCUAUCGGAUAUUGACAUAUCAAGAAGUUUUUCUGUAGCAAUGUUUCUCGAGCUAGAAGCUGCUGCGAGGUCUUCUUUCUAUGAUGAGAUUCAGCAGAAUUCAGAUGUGAAUUCAUCUCUUGGUGCUUCGGUUCCGUCAUCAUUGUUGAAAUCCAACUUAGACAUUUCUAUGUUUGCUGAGUGUUCAUCAACCACAUCUGAUAAUGGUAAUGAAUUUCCGGACUCAAUGUCUGAAACUGAGAGACUAAAGCAUGGGAGAAAAGUAAUGCUUGGAAGGGAUGAUAUGGCUGAUUUUGGUGUGGAGGCUUCAACUUCUGGACAAAACAUAACUGAUGCAGUAGAAUCCCCUGCUAAGUGUGAUGGUAUGGAGUCUUUGGCCAAUAUGGAUUAUUAUAAGUUGGAUGGCCAUGUUCAAGGACUCUCAUCAGAGAGUGUUGGAAGUGACUUGAGUUCUGUAGAAGUGAGUGAAGCGUCUAAUUUUGGGGUGGCUAAUUUAUUUGGCGAGAACAUGCACCUUGCUGAAGGUGCUGAUGCUUCUAGAACCAUUGAUACUCGUAUCAGCUCAGAUGUACGCCUUUCAAGGGACUUGCUUAUGCUUCCAUCUUUUGAGCGACAGAAAUUGAUCAGAGUUCUUAACACGGUGCAACGCAGACUGUCCAUAGGAAAAACAGACAUGGAGGAUCUUAUAGCAAGAUUGAAUCAAGAGGUUGCUGUGAGGAAUUUUUUGGCAAUGAAGGUUAAGGAUUUGGAAGUGGAACUUGAAACUACAAGACAUAAUUGUAAGGAAAAUAUGCAACAAGCUGCUCUGACAGAACGAGAGAAAUUCACUCAAAUGCAGUGGGAUGUGGAAGAAUUUCGGAGUAGGUGUCUUGAGAUGGAGCUGAAAUUGAAGUCGGAACAGGAUGAUAAGGCUCAUGUGGAAUUGGCCAAGGCAUCAAUCCUCCAGGACAAUGAAAUGUUGCUGCGGGAGCUGGAUGUUGCCAGAGAGCAGCUUGAGAAAUUACAUGAAGUCCAUGAAGAGUUAGAGGUGAAGUCAAAAGCUGAUUUAAAGGUUCUUGUUAAAGAGGUCAAAUCUCUUCGAAUUUCCCAGUCAGAAUUGAAACAGGAGCUUAGCCACUUGAUGAAAGAAAAACUAGAAUUGGAGAGGAUGUCUCAAAGGGAAAAGCAUAAAAUGGAGCAGGCAGCUAAUGCUAAUGCAAAGUUGCUGCACGAAUGUGAAAUUCUUCGUGAUCGGCUCCAAGAAUGUAGUGUUAACUUCCUUAGCGAAGAAGAAGAUAAACUGAUUGUGGAGACUUCAUCACCUUCUGAUGCUAUAGAUCUUCUAGUGACAUCUGACAAUCGAAUUGGUCUACUUCUUGCAGAGGCUCAGCUCCUUGCACAAGAUAUUGAAAAUUCUGCAGAAGAAUCAGAUGAAAGUCAUGGAAGCGGAAGUGAAAGGACGACGGCUGUUGGGUUGAGGAAGAUACUGACUGAUAGUUUCGUUGAUAAUGCCAGAUUGAGGAUGCAGGUCAACUCGGUAAUUCGCCAUGCUUUGAAGACCUCUGCCCCGUCCAACAAAGAUGAUGAGGAAGAGGAAACUCCUCCGAGAAAAACAGUUUUGAGGAAAUUCUUGGAAAUGUAGCAUAUCAUAGCUCAUAUAUCCUUACUCAUGUGUAGGAUAACUGCUACAAUAAUAGCAUUGCAUUAUUAUAUUUGUUAUUUUCAGUUGUUUAUGUAAUAAUCAUGAGCAAGCCUCGAAGGUAUGUGUUACAUAUGCACCUGCAAGCGGUUGUAAUUAACUUUCAAAUGGAUCUGAACCUUCGGGUCAGGUUGUAUAUUAUCCCAUAAUUUUUUGGAAGGUGA